GAGCGAACUCUUGCACCUUGCGCACAUCAUGUCUGCUGCUGCCCGUCCGCAUCAUCCCUCAAGUCCAACGCCGCCCUUGAACCAGUCGUGUGAAAAUUGUCGAGCCCUCAAAGUCCGCUGCCUGCCGGAUCCGAAUAUUGCGCAUCAAUGCCAACGUUGCACCCGCACCAGACGGAUCUGUGUUUUUGCGCACACCCUGCGACGCCAGCCUCGAAAAAAGACCGGAUCACGGGUCGCCCAGCUGGAGAAAGAUGUCCGCGACCUGCGCGCUUUACUCCACGAGCAGAAUGCCCCGAAUCAAAGAUCGAAUUCAGCCGGCGUUGACACCGGUGCCGCUGCUGUCUCCCUUUCCCCCACCACCACCACCACCACCACCGCCGCCGACACUGCUGCCGUCUCCGCUGCUACCGCCACCACUGCAAGUCCCGUCUCAGAGACGGCUCCCACUCGCGCGGCGGCAACAACAACACCUUUUGCAUCCACCAUCUCCGACUCCGCCCGUUUACAGACUGCCUCGUCAUCUUGUCCUCCUCGUCCGAUCGUGACAAGCCCGGUUGCCAACCCUCCUUCCCAUGUCAGCACCACUGGCUCGACGUUCAUGAGCUCUUCGCCCGGCUCUGCAGAUGUCGUCGACCGUGGUAUCCUCUCUUUGGAGACGGCACAGAUGCUGCUGUCCGUCUUCAUCUCUGAACUCACUCAAUUCUUUCCGGUGGUUGUUCUUCCGGGGGACACGAGUGCCGACUUCCUACGCAGGACGAAGCCAGUGCUGUUCCUGUCCAUCAUCGCGGCAGCGUCGCUAACGCUUGAAACACCGCACGCGACCGUCUUGCAUGAAGAACUUCUCGCCGGCUUCGCGACGCGAUUCUUUCUAAGGCAGGAAAAGUCACUGGAUUUGGUGCAAGCCCUCCUCGUAAUGCUUAUCUACUACCUCCCUCCCAAAUCGGCCAUGCAUGGGCAGUAUUACCAAUACACGCAUAUCGCAACCACUAUGGCGCUAGAGCUUGGGAUCGCAGCCGGUGCCGUUGGUCGCAAGACCCAACGCUGCCAUGCGGGUGAGGGGGAAUUGCCCCCAUCAGUACAUAGUGACCAGGCCCGGGCCGUCCUCGGCUGCUAUCAUUUCGCAUCAAAUGUUAGCAUGCAGACACGUCGACCGAACAUGCUCUGCCACAAUGCUGUCAUCAGCGGUUAUGUCAAGCACCUUAGUGUCUCUACCAGUGCUUUGGACCAGCAACUGGCAGCAUGGUUCGGACUGCAGAGGAUCGUGGAUGAGACACUGGCUGCUGCAGGCCAUGACAACACUCUGACGGACACUCAUAUGUUGGAAUCGCAGAUGUUGCCGAUCCUCAAGUGGUUCGACACUCGUAUGCUGCAGUGGAAGAUGUCGAUUCCGAAGGAUAUGUUCACGACUUGGAUGGAUCUUGAGUACCACUACCUUUACCUUGCGAUUCACGAACAAGCUGCGGGCGAGGGCUACCGCGACCCCGACGCAGCAACCCGCAGGUAUUACACACUCCCCCCUCUCGAGGGCGACACGGAGCGACAUAGGGCCAAUGUGCCGAUCAGCGCGGCGCGGGUCCAGAUCAUCACGAAAUGGGUGCUCUCUGCCCAGCAACUCCUCGACGUCUUCCUGCAAUGCGACAUUCCGACCAUGCGCAAGCUACCAAACAUGACCUACACGCGGAUGAUCUUGGGGGUCUCCUCUCUUCUACGUAUCUACCACAUGACCCAGCUCGGCCCUCUGAGCGAGGUUAUCACUCCGCAGAUGAUUAACGUCGACGAAUACCUGGAUCGCCUAUCGCAGGCCCUAUCGGAAGCCUGCGAUAACCAGAAAUUCCGCGUCCCGAGCAAAUGGUACCACGUCGUGGCCGUCAAGAACCGCGAGUGGUACGAACAGCUCCAACGACGGCUGGCGGGCUAUUCCUCCGAGAAUCCCUCGUACCUGCGCGGGAUCUUCCCGCCCCCGACCUCCACGACGGCAGGUGUGCCCGGCGCACAGCCGCCUGGGAUGUUGCCCUCGCUGGUUCCCGGUGGUGCCCCGGCUUACAUGGAGUCAUGGUAUGCAGACGACCCGGCUGGGAGGGCGGACGCCGUGAGGGAAAUGCCGGCCGUCGGGAGUGCUGCGGCGCCAAUGAUGUAUCUCUCCUCGAUGCAGCCGGUCCCGGGCGCCGUUGAGGCCGGUGGGCACUUCGCGCCUCCUGCGGGCCACGCCGGGUGGCGCUUGGAUGAACCGCUCCCGGAUCUGUCGUUCCCGUAUUGA